CCUGGAUAUCUUUCCGGUCUACGAAUACCCAAGCAUAUAAUAGCUUGGGCACCCAUCAGCUACCGGUCGAGCUUAUCCCGACCUUCUCCCAUUCACUUGUCGGAAGGAAGGGCUAUCUCCUCGCACAGAGCAUUAUCUCUACAAGCGGGGAGAACUCUUUCCAUACGCAUCGGAUUGAACGACGUAAUAGAUGUUGCGGAAAUGGAUAAUUUUUUCAACAACCAGCUCUCUCAGGAGGAACUUCGACGUCGUCAUGUUCAUCAGCGAAAUCAGAGACGCCAAGUAAGCGCCGUAUUGAGCCAGUCAAACCAGCAACCUCAAUAUUGUUCUGUCACUACCGCAAACCCGAACGACUCUUUAAAUGGCGCCGACUCCCUUGACGACAUCAUCCGCAGCAAUUCUCAAGAGCUUCAAAGGCGACGGAGUUUACCGCAGCCCUUUCCUGACCAGAUGUCGCACCCUGAGCCCGACAGGCGGAUGUCCAUGUUGGAGUUUGGUGACAACGACGACACAUAUCGGGAUUAUCAGUUUGGGGUGAUGCCAAGCUCUGCCAACGGCAUAAGCAAUGGCUUUCCCGAUAUCAACACGAAUAUGGCCCUGUCUGCGGCCUCGGCCAGUUUCUCUCCCCAGACCAUACUCGCAGACGAUUUCUCGACGCUCUCUCCAGAGAUGGUGGGGAAUAUGAUUGCCUUUUCGAAUAUGAACAUGGGCCAAAUGGGCCCUGACCCAUCAAUGAAUAUGUUUACGUCGGCGAUGCCUACCGCGUUUCCGCCGAAUCCCAUGGAUAAUUUGUCUAGCGACUUCAACAUGGAUCUAUCGAGCGAAAGCAACCCCUUGGGCACCGUCCCGGGUAACGCCAACGCCCCGAUCUCCGUAGAUACCAGCGACGAUAGUAUGAUGGACGUCUCUCCACAAUUCUCCACGCCCGGUCAACACCGCCAGCAACAAGCGAACUUGGGCAUAGACACCACCAUGGACGGGUUUCAACCUAGUAUUUCGUCGCAGCCUUCUGCACAGGUUCACACUCAGAAUCUUGUAUCAUCCACCCCAUCUUACCAAUCCCCUAUAGCUACCACAACAGAAACAACCCCGGACAGCUCCGCCCCACCCCAACCGGUAGUGCCGAUUAACGCCAUCAUAGGUUCCCAGCCUCCCAAGGAGAAGACCAUCUAUUCUAAAAGCGGAUUUGACAUGCUUAGGGCCCUUUGGUUAGUGGCCACGCGGAAGAACCCAGAGGUCAACCUCGGCGCUGUUGACAUGUCUUGUGCUUUCGUCGUCUGUGAUGUUACGAUGAAUGAUUGUCCGAUCAUAUACGUUUCGGACAAUUUUCAGAACCUGACCGGCUAUAGUCAACACGAGAUUGUUGGCCAAAAUUGUCGCUUUCUCCAAGCACCAGAUGGCAAGGUCGAAGCAGGCACAAAGCGGGAAUUCGUCGAUAACGGGGCUGUCUUUAAUCUAAAGCAGAAGAUCGCAGAGGGCAAAGAGGUCCAGCAGAGUCUGAUCAACUACCGGAAAGGGGGAAAACCCUUCCUGAAUCUGUUGACCAUGAUUCCUAUCCCGUGGGACACUGCCGAGGUCAGGUACAUUAUCGGAUUCCAGAUCGAUCUUGUCGAAUGUCCUGAUGCCAUCGCCUCGCACCAAGGACCCGGUACUAUGAAGGUUAAUUAUAAGCAUAGCGACAUCGGUCAGUAUAUUUGGACCCCCCCGCCGUCAAGCCAGUGGGAGCCGGAGAAUGGACAAACGCUAGGAGUCGACGACAUCUCCACUUUGCUCCAGCAGUUUCACCCGAAAGGACCUGUUUCCGAUUGGCAUCGCCAGUCUUGGGACAAGAUGCUGUUAGAAAAUGCCGACGAUGUUGUUCACGUGCUCUCGUUGAAGGGACUAUUUCUCUACUUGUCGCCGUCCUGUAACCGCAUCCUCGAAUACGACGCAACCGAACUAGUCGGGAAUUCUAUCUCGUCCAUAUCCCAUCCCUCUGACAUUGUCCCCGUAACCCGCGAGCUUAAGGAUGCCACCAGCGGGAGCUCGGUGAACAUAGUGUUUCGUAUACGUCGGAAGCAGAAUGGAUAUACCUGGUUCGAAAGUCAUGGCUCACUGUUCGUCGAGCAGGGGAAGGGACGAAAGUGCAUCAUACUUAUUGGUCGGAAGCGUCCAGUCUUUGCGCUCAGUAGACGCGACCUAGAACUAAACGGCGGUAUCGGCGAUAGCGAGCUGUGGACGAAGCUGUCAACGUCCGGCAUGUUUUUAUUCGUUUCUGCCAAUGUUCGGUCCUUGUUGGAUCUACAACCCGAUAAUCUCGUGGGCACAAGCAUUCAGGAGCUUAUGCGCAAAGAGUCGCGCGCUGAAUUUGGGCGUUCUAUCGAAAAAGCACGAAGGGGACGCAUAGUCACCUGCAAACACGAAGUACAGAACCGCCGCGGUCAGGUUCUUCAAGCCCAUACUAUCAUGUAUCCAGGCGACGCUUCAGAGGGACAGAAACCUACGUUCUUACUAGCUCAGACUAAGUUGGUCAAAGCCUCCUCUAGGGCUGCUGGACCAACUGUAUCGGCGCUCUCAAGCGGGCGGGGCCCCACCAGCCACUCCAACGACGCCAAGACGAUGUCCAAUUUCGCCAUGCCGGCGCCGGAAGACCAGGGAUCUGGCGUCAUAUCCGCUGCCGCAGGCGGGGGCAUUGCCCCCGGCGAUCAAGAUAGGGCUCUUGCCUCAGGCGAUAACAUUUUUGAUGAGCUUAAGACGACGAGAUGCACCAGCUGGCAGUAUGAAUUACGACAGAUGGAGAAGGUGAAUCGAGUACUGGCCGAGGAGCUACACGGCCUGCUCUCUAACAAAAAGAAGCGUAAACGUAGAAAGGGUGUCGGGAAUUUUGUUCGAGAUUGUGCCAACUGCCACACUCGUAACACCCCUGAGUGGCGGAGAGGCCCGAGUGGCCAGAGGGACUUGUGUAAUAGCUGCGGCCUUAGGUGGGCAAAGCAGACGGGCAGGGUCUCUCCCCGGAAUUCCUCUCGAGGGGGGAACGGUGACGCGGCAAGUAGCAAGAAAUCUAACUCGCCUGUCCACUCGUCUCCACUGCAGCGCGAAGUCCCUACUGCAAUCUCCGCGGGCGAGGUGAUCGAGCAACCUUCCGAGACAGACACUGGGACGACGCUGAAUAGGUCAUCCAGCUCCAGUGUGGUAGUUCCGAGCACCAGCAGUGUUAACACGACCCCGACCACAUCGAGGGGUCUUUCGAUCCCCCCCCCAAGCCAACCACUGCUUGAAGGCGGCGCCAUCGGGGGUGAGAUGACCGCUAUCCAAGAGGAGCGGGAGGUGAGCAUGUAAACUGGACUUUCGGUGGUGCCCUCUCUAUCGCAAUGAGUGUUUGAUAUAUGAAGACGGAGGCCUUCACACUAUACACCUGCCUGCCUUCGAUUAGCUGCUGUUAGGUGAUCUUUGUAUAUAUAUCCGUC